AUGAGAAAGUAUAACAAUAUCGUUGAAGCUCUAGAACCGUCGAACUUCAUGAGGAAGUCCAUCGGAAUAUCAAUAUUUAUUCUGAACCGCACCCCCAGUCACACCGUCGUCAGGAAGUUCAGCUUCUAUGGAUUUAUUUGUUACUUAUUUUGGUAUUGCCUGUACAUUUAUUGUACAUACAAAGCUUUCGUGGAGGAUCAAACUAUUCUACGAAUCUUAUACAAUACGAAAGUGCAACGGUACGGUGAUGACUACGAGAGACUGUCUUCAAUGCUGUUCGUCAUAUUCGGUUUGUGGAAGAUUCCAUUUGGAUUGAACAUCAACAACCGCUUCAUGGAGAUUGUAGUGGAGGUCGACAAGAGCCUGGAAGUGUUGGGCGAAAACGUAAACUACAAGAAAGAUGCACAUCUUGCACUUAUGAUGUCGAUACUACAGUGUACUGUGUACUUGUUUCGGUGGGCCAGUAUUUGGGGAGCAUUGAGUUAUUUGGACGUGCCGAUACCAAUGGAGAGGUUGUACCAAGUUAUAUACUCGGACAGCCUGGCCGCCAUUGUAGCAGCGCAUUACUUCUUCUUCCUCAGAGUAAUUAGAGGCAGGUUUAGUUACAUCAACAAGGUGCUUCGAGAUAUAAAAAGCCACAAGUCUUGGGAAUAUAAGUUGUUUGCUCGAGGGAAUAUGAUGGUUAAUGCUCAAAAGGUAGAGGGCCUCCAAGAGAAGUACAUUUGUGACAAAAUAAGGGCUUGUGCGAAGAUGUAUGGCAAGCUAUAUAAAGUGACUGAGGCUACCAACCGAUUGUUCGGCUCCAUGUGUAUGAUUACUCUGUUUGUGUCCCUGGCCUACAUUGUAAUAUACAUGUUUUACUUCAUGGAAGCGACAGCGGCUGGCUUGUUUCGGGAUGUAGACAGAUACGUAGUGUUUGUCAUUUACGUAGCUUGGCAAAUUUUCUAUCCGGUUGGUGUAACCGUACUGAUUGUGUUUGUAUCCGAGCUUGCAGUGUUCGAGGUAAAAUGUUUAGAUGUCGUAUCUUGUACACGGUACCUACCUGACUAA